CGUUCCGAGUGUUCAAACCGUCGUGCGUCACGUCCUCUCUUUUUCCCUCAUUGGUCACGUCGCGCACGUGCCGCACGCAUGAAAACCGGGAUCAGGCAGCGCAAGUCCACUUCUGCUAAAUCUACUAACUUCUACAGAUAACAGGUUAGUAGUAGAUUAUUUGGUUCUAAAGCUGCUUCUAAAUAACUAACCUCUACCUUCCCGUGUCACCAUGCCCACCAAGAAGACCGCCCCCAAGAGGAAGUCUGCAGCUGCUGAAGAUGCUAAUGAGCCCAAGAAAGUAAAAGUUUCUCACAGGAGCCACUGCAAGGAGCCGGGCCAAGUUUUGGUCCUGGGCCAGGGUGAUGUCGGCCAGCUGGGUUUGGGUGAGGACAUCUCUCAGAGGAAGAAGCCAGCUCUCCUGUCCUUACCGGAGAAAGUAGUUCAAGUGACCGCAGGAGGGAUGCACACAGUGUGUCUCAGUGAAACUGGACACGUGUAUACUUUCGGCUGUAAUGAUGAGGGGGCUCUCGGUCGAGACACAACAGAAGAGGGGUCUGAGAUGGUUCCAGGAAAGGUGACUCUGGAUGAAAAGGUGGUCCUGGUUUCUGCCGGGGACAGCCACACAGCUGCUCUCACAGAGGAUGGAUCCGUUUACAUCUGGGGCUCCUUCAGGGAUAAUAAUGGUGUUAUUGGUCUUCUGGAGCCCAUGAAAACAUGUCCAGUCCCAGUCAAGAUCUCCAUCCCAGAACCUGCUGUGAAAAUCGCCUCAGGAAACGACCACUUGGCGUUGGUGACACAGGAUGGGAAUCUUUACACAUCAGGCUGUGCAGAGCAGGGGCAGCUGGGAAGAGUGCCCGAGCAUUUCUCAAACCGAGGCGGCAGAAAAGGUCUCGAGCGACUCCUGGUGCCACAGAUGGUGAAGCUAAAGGGGAAGGUUCACUUUACCGAUGCCUUCUGUGGGGCCUACUUUACCUUUGCUCUGUCAAAAGAAGGACACGUUUAUGGAUUUGGACUCUCAAACUAUCACCAACUCGGCACCAAAAGCACCAAGAUGUGUUUCGUUCCUGUAAAACUGACAUGCUUCAAGAACUCCACCACCGCCUGGGUGGACUUUUCUGGAGGUCAACAUCAUACACUGUGUCUCGACUCUGAAGGACAGGUAUACAGCCUGGGCAGAGCAGAGUACGGCCGUCUGGGUUUGGGUGAGGGAGCAGAGGAGAAGAGUGAACCCACGCCCGUCACGGGGGUGGAGCCAGCCAAAGGCGUGUCCUGCGGAGCGUCGGUCAGCUAUGCGGUCACCAGAGAAGGAUCCGUGUACGCCUGGGGAAUGGGAACCAACCUGCAGCUUGGUACAGGGGAGGAGGAUGACGAGUGGAGCCCUGUGAAGAUGACGGGCAAACAGCUGGAGAACCGUGAAGUACUGAUGGCCUCCAGCGGGGGGCAGCACACGGUCUUACUGGUCAAGGACAAGCAAGAGAGCUGAUGUCUUUCCCUGAGAGGAGGAGGAGGAGGAGGAGGAGGAGUGUUUGGAUCUUCAUCACUGUCGCUCGCUCAGGGUGCUCUGAUCUAGACGAAUCUGUACGUGAUUUUCUGUGAGGGAGCGUGAGAUCAGGACGAGGGUUAGAUCUUUUUAAUGAGAACUGCUGUUCUUAACUUGGGAGGAAAUGUUGAUGGAUGUUUUUGGUAGAUUGUGACAGAUGAGUAUUUUUUUAAAGCAGUUUUUUUAUGUUUCUUUCUCUUCUUUCUAAAAUCAUUGAAUGACUGUUGGUGGUGUGUUGAAUGUUUGAGAAUGUGGCUGCAUGUACAGAAAGAGAAAAUGCACAUUGUAAUGACUCCAAUGGACAAUGGUGUUUUAAAUGUUUUCUUUGAGCAAUAAUUUGAUGAAAUCUGGUUCAGACGUUGGAUUUAUAAUACAAAUGUAAUGAGUUUUUGUUUUUUGGUCAUCCCUCUAUAUCUAAACAAGCUGUUCUGAACAUUUGAUGAAAAAAUGAUUGGAUUUCUCAACUCUGUCUCCUGUCUGAAAUAAAAUUCUUUUUUUCCGUCAAUAAAAAUCUGCUUAAUUUGCUGCAUUAA